AUGAUAAAUAGAAAUAAUAGAAAUGAUGUUACAAUAAUAGAAACAAUUGUUCCUGAUGGAGGUUGGGGAUGGAUUAUUGUUUUAUCAUCAUUCAUUAUUCAUUUUAUAAUAGACGGAAUAACAUAUUCAAUGGGUGAUAUUUAUUUGGAACCAAUGUUAAAAAAUCUUCAGUUUAGUCGUGCUUAUGUAUCAGCUAUAUUUGCUUUUUUGGAAUCCAUUACUUUAGCUUCAGCACCUAUAUCAACAGUAUUUACAAAUACAUUUGGAUGUCGAAAGGUAACAAUAGUUGGUGCUAUUCUAGCAUCACUUGGAUUUUUUCUUAGUCAAUGGUGGUCAAAUGUUUAUUAUUAUUAUCUUACCAUUGGUAUAAUUGGAGGUAUUGGUUGUGGACUUAUUUAUUUACCAGCAAUUGUUUCAGUUGGAUAUUAUUUUGAAGAAAAACGUUCAUUUGCAAUGGGUAUAGCUGUUUGUGGAUCAGGUUUGGGUACAGUUGCAUUUCCAUAUAUACUACCUUGGUUAAUGAAUAGAUUCUUUUCAAAUGAUUAUAAAUAUGCUCUUUUAUUUGAAUCAAUUCUUAUAUUUACAUGUAUUUUAUUUGGUCUUCUUAUGAUUCCUCUACCAAUCGAACCUAGUGAACAACGUCAUUUACGAUAUAAAUUACAAUCCGAAAGUAAAGAAGAAGCUAAUAAACAUAUAUUAAAUAAUAUUGAUAAUGGAAAUAAUCAAACAAAUGAACAAAUGAAUCAACAUGAAAGUGUACCUUUUGUAAAAACAUGUCGAGAAAAUGUUGUUAAUGAAGAUGCAUCAUAUAUUGAUCAUAGACGUAACACAAUAGUAUCAUUUCAAAAUGUUCCUUAUAUUGGUUUAAAUAAUAUUUCGAUAAAUAAAAGUGAACAUCCUUGGAAAUCUUUAACACAUUUAUCAUCACCAUCAUACCGUCAUUCCUUAUUAACAAUUCAAAAUCGUUCAUUGUAUCAAGGUAGUCUUAGUCGGAUAUCUUUACCAAAUAAAUUCAUUGAUGAUUAUUAUUCCAAUGAUAAAACAGUUCAAUCAAGACCAACAACAACAACAACAACAACAACAACAAUUAAUGAUAAAGAUUCAAUUAUAAUAAAUAAUCAAUGUGAACAAUUAAGUGAAUCAAUAAUUGAUUCACUUUUAGAACAAAUUAAUUUAAAUCUUUUGAAAAAUGCUUCAUUUACUCUUUUUACAAUAUCAAAUUUUUUAUCAAGUCUUGGAUUUUUUGUUCCAUAUAAUUUUGCACAUGAUCUUGCUAAAGAUUCACAUGUUGAAGAAAAUCAUCGAAAGUUUGUCAUUAUGGCAAUCGGUUUUUCUACUUGUUUCGGUCAUGUUAUUAUUGGAUAUAUAGCAGAUCUUAAAUCGGUUAAUCGUCUUAUAUUAUACAAUUCAACAUUAAUCAUAGCUGGUCUAUCUACAAUAAUUGCUCCAUAUAGUGGCUCUCAUAUUCUUCCUCAUUUGAUUUAUGCAUCAUUUUUCGGUUUCUUCUCAGGUGGAUAUGUUGGUUUAACAUCAAUAAUAACUGUUGAUCUUGUUGGAAUAGAUAAAUUAUCAAAUGGAAUGGGUAUUAUUCUACUAUUUCAAGGUAUUGCUACUGCUAUUGGUACUCCAGCUGCUGGUGCUAUGCGUGAUGCAUUUGAAAAACAUCGUCGACCAUUUCUUUGGCCUUAUUUUAUGUUUGGUGGAUUUGUUGUAUUAAGUGGAGUUAUUCUAUUUGCUAUUCCAAUAUUAAAACAAAGAGAAAAAAAUCAUCGAAAAUUAUCGAAAUUUUCAUCAAACACUAAUUCUACUUCUCAUUUAGAUAAACAUUCAUUUUUUCAUAGACAACAACAACAACAACAACAAAUUUAA